AUGCAGUUGAGGAUCGCAAUCCGCCGCAGAAAGCGUUCAAAGGUGCUGGUGCAGCAUUGUACAAGAACGAGAGGACGGCCGGCCCCUGGGAAGACAUCGAGUAAUCCAGAAGAUGUAGGCAAAAAAAUUGGUAAGCUGUUUGGAUAUUUAAAAGAUUAUGUUAGCUGUAAUGAGAGUAUAAUUGAGAACUUAUAUGAAGAAUUUAAAAAAUCAUCAGACUGCGAAGAUAAAGAUCUAAACAUAACGCAAUUACUAAAGAAGUACGGUUAUCCUGUGGAACAACAUGAGGUUACGACUAGUGAUGGAUACAUCCUGACAUUCUUCCGGAUACCGAAUGAUGGACCUGUAGCUUUUUUGAUGCACGGUACCCUCAGCAGUUCAGAUGACUUUUUGACAAUCGGUUCGAAUAGCGGACUUGCUUACCUGUUAGCUGAUGCCGGCUAUGAUGUCUGGUUGGGUAACGCCCGGGGCAACGUACAUUCUCGACGUCAUGUCAGCUUGUCACCAUCAUGCAAGGAGUUCUGGGCCUUCAGCUGGGAUGAGAUUGGUCGGUAUGAUUUGCCAGCAAUGAUCGACUAUAUUCUAGAUAAAACUGGGGAAGAAAAGCUGAUAUACAUAGGUCAUUCCCAAGGCUCAACAACAUUCUUCGUUCUUUGCUCGGAGUUACCUGAAUAUAAUAAAAAAAUAAGCGUCAUGGUAGCAUUCUCUGCUGUAGCAUUUAUUUUUGGAGUUCCUUUACUUGACAUAUUUUCACCAAUUGUGAAUCCAUUGGAAACUGCACUCAUAGAUGCAAUAGGUGCAUAUGAACUACUGCCAAGGAACAGAUUUCUGCAAUUUGUGUCAGAUACACUCUGCCCUACACCUGCCUCUGCAACGUUGAUAUGCGGAAAUAUAUUAUUCCUCAUGGCUGGCUCUGAUUUCGCUCAAAUAAAUGCCACUGCAGCUCCAGUCAUUUUUGGCCAUUAUCCUGCAGGAUCUGCAACUAGACAAGGAUUACAUUAUGGACAGCUAUCUCUGUCAGGAAAAUUUGCACAGUAUGAUCAUGGCUUUGUAAAAAAUUUUAAGAAAUACGGCAGCCUAACACCUCCUGAAUAUCCUUUAGAGAAGAUCACCGCGCCUGUGGUAAUAUUCUAUUCGCUUUUUGAUCGAGUGACACCUAUUACGAGUGUAGCAAAGAUAAAAAGUAAGCUUGCAAACGUAAGUAAAGUAAUCAAAGUACCUUUCUUACAAUUCAGUCAUGCAGAUUACUUGUUUGCCAGAGAUGUCAAGAAACUUUUAUAUGACACUGUAUUAGAUAUACUACCAGAGUACGUUGAUAAUAAGUGUUAA